GAUACAAAAUAGCGAUUGCCCAAACACCUGCAGCAGCGUCGACAUUUUGACUUGUAAACAUAAACAGAUAAAACAGGGUAAAGUAGCUGCUCUUCCUUGCCCAAUGGGACAUUCCGAUUUCGCGUAGAAGGGGUUGCGCGCAGACAAUUCUGUUUUGGAACCAUUUGGUAAUUUUUGGUUAGAAGCGACGAUGGCUCCCGAAUACGUACAGAGUCUCCGCUUUCGUCUGCCGCCUCUGCUCUUUUUCCUACAGACGGGAUUCAUCGUAUUAUUUAUUUUUUAUGUUGACAUUGAACAAAAUGUACAAACUAAACAACAUGCAUUCAACAACUAUUACUCAGUAUUUCAGGAUGUUCAUGUGAUGGUGAUUCUGGGUUUUGGCUUUCUGGCCACAUUCCUGGUGCGGUACAGCUUCAGUGGAGCAGGAUUUACCCUCCUAGUGGCAGCCAUGGCUGUCCAGUGGGCAGUUAUCCUGAACGGUGUUGAGUCUAUGUAUCACAGAGGAAAGAUCUGGAUAAAUAUGAGAAGCUUGGUUGUUGCAGAGAUGUGCACAGCUUCCUCCCUCAUUGCCAUAGGUGCUGUCCUUGGGAAGACCAAUCCUGUCCAACUCCUUCUUAUUGCCCUGUUGGAGAUAUCUGGAUUUGUGCUGAAUGGCUGGCUACUCCAGACAUUCCUAAAGGUGCAGUUUCUGAAUACCAUCAUGCUGCUCCACAUCUUUGGGGCCUUCUUUGGGCUGAUGUUAUCAUGGGUCCUAUACAGACCGGGAUCCGAGCAACAGCAUGAGAAAGAGAAAAUUGACCGCAAGACCGGUCUGUUCUCUGUAAUGGGGACUCUGUUCCUGUGGAUGUUCUGGCCCAGUUUUAACUCUGUGCUGGUAGAGGUGGAUCAUGUUGACAGGGGGAGGAGCCUGAGAGUUGUCUACAGCACCUACCUGGCCCUGGCAGUCAGUGCAGUCACAGCUGCUGGUUUCUCUGUCCUCACUAGUCCCCAAGGGAAACUCAACCUGUUUCAUAUUCAGAGAUGUACUCUUGCUGGUGGUGUUGCUAUUGGGGUUGCUAUGUCAGCCGUUCAUUUGCCGUGGGUAGCUAUGGCGAUUGGAUUUGCUGCUGCACUGAUAUCAACCUUGGGAUCCCGAUAUAUUAAGGUACGUAUAAACAAAUUCCUGAAUUGCCCAUGGGCUUUCACUAUCUCAUAUUACUGCUUUUUUAUCUUUCAGCCCCUCAUGCUGUUUGCAUUUGAGUGUCAUGACACCUGCGGAGUCCUUAGUGUCCAUGGUCUGCCUGGAAUCCUGGGGUGGAUGGUUCAACUUCUCCUACAGAUCGCUGACUCUGAUGAUCUCACAACGGCCAUCCGAUUUGCUGUGUUCCACAUUUGCACGCUCCUCAUCACCCUGAGCCUGAGCAUGAGUCUGGGACUCAUCACAGGUUCUCUUCUGAAAUGUAAUUUCUGGAGGCCACCCCAAAACAAGAAAUGCUUUGAUGACCAGGCCUUCUGGGAGUUUCAACACCUUGCAGGGAAAAGGUGAGAGGUUGGAAAAGCAAAAAAGGAACAAGUGUUGAGUGUCAGGAGAGCAAUGAACCAACCAUUUCAACCAUACAAUAUUCACCUGCAUCUUCAACUUAUUACAUUUUUCAAAAUGUGUUGUAUGUGAAAACUGCACUGGAAUAUGUGAUUGUGAUUAUUUUGUGUUAGUCAAACUUUAAAUAUUAGCCAAGAGAAGAGAGAAACUGGCCUGUGAGAGCUGCGAAUAAAGACUUGUCAUCUUGUG